CACUUUACGGAAAGGACAGCGUCACAGCUGCUCGUAUUUUCCUUUGGUCACAAGGUCUAUUGCGCGGAUCAUAACUACUAAUUGGCUAUUCAAUAACAAAACUCAAAAACCGCAUUGGUGUAUAAUAGAUUUUUACCCUAUAUACACAGAGAACAAGUUUUUUCCGGUUACUCAUACACAGAGGUAAACAAGUUUAACUGGCAAGCGUAUGGCGAAGUAUAAGCAGUCGGUUGUUGUCCAUUGUUCCGUAAGCAUUACACACGAUAAAUUUAUAAAAUAAAAAUGAAAACCAACGCAGUGAUCCUUGUUUGUUUCCUAUCGUUAAUUUGUAUUAUAGAAUGUAAGGAUCUUAUUGUGGGUACCAGUUACAACAGUAGACUUAUCUGGCAACAGAAGGUCGAGUAUAAUGCUAUUCCACUUAAGAAGAGGGUCAAGGAAGAAUUUUAUUCGGAUGCCGGACAACAAAUUAUUAAGAGCGUUAUUGCAAGAGAUUUAGACCACACGGAUGCUAUUGCCAGCAUCACUGCGGGCGGCGUGGGCUUCUCGUAUGUAAACCUUAGAUUCAAGAGCGACCGUGGAUCUGGUCUCAACUAUCAAGUGGAAAUAUACGUCUAACAAAAUAUAGUUUUAAAAAACACGUAAAUUAAAAAUAUUUCUUAAAUUAUUCGCAUGCAGUCGUUUUAUCAUAA